AUGAACGGCCAAAACGCUUUAUCGCUUCUUUUAGCGGCCAUCUUCUUCUUCUUUUGUCAUGUCCAAGGGGCGCCUCCACCAGCGACGCCCGGAGGUAUAAGAGCUAGAGCUCCCGGAAAGCCACCGUUUGUAUGGCGUGGUGAAACAGGCAAAACUCGCGACGGUGAACCGGGCAGGUCUCCCGCCGACGUUCAACGAGCUGGUGGGAUGUGGGCACGAGGCUUUCAGAUCAUUGAUCAACUCAGCCCCGAGCAGCUUGAAGCAGGAAGCGGUCUCUGGACGCACACCACCAACCCAGGUAGAACGAGAGACGUCACGCAAUAUGUUUCGACGAGUACAUCGCUCCUUGGUGCCAUCACCUUUGCUGUCCGGCCCUCGCCGCGGCACGCACAAGAGGUUGGCUAUCUCUACCGGAUCCGUACAAACUGGGCCAUGGUCGAUGUGAACUUGUCCUUGGAGAAUAUUUCUCCCUACCCAGAGCAACAAGAGCAAGCUGUCGUUCAAGGGAUCCCUUGGAACCAGAUCAUGGGCUGGUACGAGGUACGUGCUGCCGAUCUAAACCGUAUUCUUGGCGCAGAGGAUCCUGUCAGCCAGUUGGGUCGCUUCAACCGGAAUGCCGACUUUCGUCCAGAUUCAACAGACCCUAGCGGCGCCCAGCCGCAACUUGCUGGGCUUGAGAAUCCUGUAGAGGGACGCCAUGGAGCCUGGGAGGCCUAUAUAGGACAGUCGGUAGCCAGCAACCUGAGGCAGUUCAUCAGAGAAUAUGGACCCCGAACAGAGGCAGCAGAUCAGACCACGCUCAGCAGCCUCGACUGGUCUGCGGUUGAGAUCCCAGCUCAUCUACGAACAGCCUUGGGCCAGGGUGCUGCAAGCGCGGCGCAGUGUGCCAUGGCACUGGCAGCAGUUGUCGUGUCAUGGCACCACGAUGAGUUGAAAAGAUCGAUUCCAUGGCACAAAGUAGACAGCCGUGAUACAACCAGCAACCUCGGUAGUAAUGCCUGCGGUAGGCUUGCUACUGCAGUCAAGGACAAGGCGGAAAAUAAGGAAGCUACUGUGAAAAUUUGCGACGAGCCACGAUCCGGCGGAGAAUGCCUUACUAUACAGACACCUCCCCAAUCUUGCGUUGGUGUCCCUUUGGAAUGGAAUGACAGAGCGUCAACUAUUCUUCUCAGCGCAUCCGCUGGUAUCUGCCAGUUCUUCCAUGAUUAUAAUUGCGCCGGUGCCUCCUUUCAAUCCUCUUUUCCGGGCAACGAUCAUUUAGACGAGUUCGACGAGGGUCGUUUCAACAACAUGAUUAGCUCCAUUCGUUGCGACAACACAAGCCCAGAAACUCAGAUUGAACGGCCACCGGUCAUCGAAGUAGCCAAGCCGGACGCCUGCAUCGCCAAGCCUCGCCCGUUGGCCGAGAUCCUGUGGGUCAUGAUAAACAACAUCGACGGCGAGAAUCCAGGCGACCUCUUCGGCAGCAUCCACGCCACCGACGACUCGGGCCGCCAAGUAAUCUACAGUGUUGAGAAGGAUGAUUCCGUGUCCGUCGAGCCGCGAGACCAAAUCACGUUGCGCACAUCGCGGCCUCUUGCGGCGGAUGGGAAUUUCGUCAUCGACCUGGAUCUCUGGGACAGAGACAGGGACGCGUCUCCGCACGACGAGGUGAGCCGCGGCCAAAUUGCGUGGAAAGUCUACGACCCGGCCAACGAGUACGACACGCCUAUUCAGACAGAGGUCGACGGCGAAUACGGCAAGGCGACGGUGGAUUAUGUCGUGAUGAGCAGUGCUGCACAGGCCGUCGUCCAGGUAAUCAUGCUCGACGGAGACGGAGAGGAGCCCGCCGACGUCUUUGGGAGAAUUAGAACAUCUAGCCGCUUUGUCCAGCGCGACCUGUUUAACAGAGAGAGCGGCGAUAGCAUGGAGAUAUACCCUGGUACAGCUAUCCCGUUGUCGCGGGCUAUCAUGGCCGUGCCGAUGCUUGAUACCCUCAAGAUUCAUGUUGAUCUGUGGGACCAUGACGCCGACUGGUCCCCCAACGACCAGAUAGCGUACGGAAUCGCAGAAUUUCGUCCACGGCUGUCGGGCUCGGAAAAAAAGGUAGUUGACGGAGAGUACGGCAAGGUUGAAGUGUCCGUGACCUGGGGAGGAGGCCGGCCUCAAGGGUGCUGA